GCCCACCCGCCGUCUCCGCCCGCAGCCUCCUCACCACGCCCUGGGCCGCAAGAAGGCAGUUCGGGGCCGCCCGAGCGGCAGGGACGGCAUCCCCUGGCUCCCCGCGGCCCGACCCCGCGCGAGGGCCUCACCUGCGGGUAGAGGUGCUGCACGAACUGCUCCUGCGAAACGCCGUCGAGCCGGGGGACCGGGAGGCGCUGCCCGGCCAUGGUGGCUCCCGCCCGUCCUCUUUCAAGUCCCGCGAACCUCGGCCCCAACGUGUUCCUCAGCGCGCGAUCCGCCCGGAAACAUGGCCCGCGGAGAAAAGGUCCGCGAGGUCGGCGGACUCGCGACAGCGGCGGCUUCCGAGCGCUGGGCCGGGGGUCCCAAGGCCUCUGCGCGGGCUGUGUGCCGGAGGGCGGGGAUGGGGUGGACUCAUCAGAGGCGGCAGCAACGGGCCGGCUUUACUCUCCAGUCUCUUUCUGCGAACCCCCCUGAGGUGGUUUCCCACCGACUAUCUUUCGGGAUGCACAAGCAAGCACAGGGGUAAAAGGUCAUAAAGAUGGCGCUGGCCGUUCGGCUGCUACCCCGCUUGCUGCUCUCUCGGCCGCUGCCCGGCGGGGCCGCCCGACCCCGGCCUCCCGAUGCAGCCGAGGAGAGGCCGCCGUUGGCUGGACUUUGCUGCUGCUGCCGCCGCCUCCUCGGCUCGGGCGCGGCCCCGUUCCCUCGCGUCCCUCGGGCCUCGGCGGCCUGGGCGCUGCCUGCUCGCGGUCCCCGGCCUCCCCGGCUCGGCGCUCGGGGGCUCCCCGCGCUCUCCGCGCUCCCCGGGCGCAGCUACAGCACCGAGGAGCAGCCGCAGCCGCGCCAGAAGACCAAGAUGAUCAUCCUGGGCUUCUCCAACCCCAUCAACUGGGUGCGGACUCGAAUUUUCGCCUUCCUUAUCUGGGCCUAUUUCGACCGCGAGUUCAGCAUCGCAGAAUUCUCUGAGGGAGCGAAGCAGGCUUUUGCUCAUGUGUCCAAGUUGCUGUCACAGUGUAAAUUUGAUCUGUUGGAAGAACUUGUGGCCAAAGAGGUGCUACAUGUAUUGAAAGAAAAGGUUACUUCACUACCUGACAACCAUAAGCAUGCCCUUGCUGCUGACAUCGAUGAGAUUGUGUACACAUCCACAGGAGACAUCUCCAUCUACUACGAUGAGAAAGAAAAUGGAAGGUAGUGUGAAGGUAUGAAAACUAAAGGGAGCUUUAGGAAGAAAAGGAUUGAAAUUUGACAAGUUAUUUAUGAAGAGAAAAAGUCAUAAAGACAUACUGACCAUGAAACAGGAGUGUUCAGAAAUUAGAAAGAGGUAAUAUUGCUGAAUUCAAUUAAACAGUGUUUCAGCUGUCUAUUGCUGCAUUACGACCCACUCCAAAACUCAGUACCUUCAGUCAGCCAUUUAUUUUGCCUGCUGUCUUACUGCUCAGGAAGUUUGGAGAGGCUCAGCUCUGGAGUUUUCUCUGCUUCACCUGGAAUCACCUGGGGCUGCAGAGGCUGGAGGAUUCGUUUCCACAAUGGCUCUUUGGUGCUCCUUGGCUUCUCCACACAACGUCUCAUUCUCCAAGGCCUCUCUUCGUGGCCUGAGUUUGUGGUAGUCUCAGGCUAGUCACAGGUUUCAGUGGUGGUUGGCUUCCAAGAGGCAGAAGAUGGAAGAUGCUAGACCAGUAAAGGGCUAUGCCCAGGAUUGGAACAACAUCAUUUCUGCUGUAGUUUACUGGUCAAAGCAGGCACAGGACCUGCAGAGUUGAAAGGGCAUGGAGAGACUCCACCUCUUCAUGGGGCAACAGCACGGUCACAUUGCAGAAGAGCACGUGGGAUGAGAGAUACGGUUAUGGCUGUCUUUGGAAAAUAAAAUCUGCCAUAAUUGGCCCAUGGACCAUCCAUUCUUUAGACAUUUAUUGACCAUCUUCUAUUUACCAAAUACCCUGCUGCAGGUUCUGAUACAAAAUUGAAGGGUUCCUGCCCUUAAGGAGGUACUGUCUCAUGGGAGGUUAAUGAAUUAUUUUAAAACGACACUAUGAUGGAUUUUUUUGCUAAUAAAAUUUAGAACAGUGAACAAGUCAAGCAAGUCAGUGGAGACAUAAUUUAAUAUUUAUUUAAAAGAGAAUAUUAUGAUGUCACCAAAGUUAAACAAAUUUGCUUUAAAAUAACAAAUCCCAGAAAUGGCCUAAGAAAGCAAAUGUAUUGUUUCACUAAGCUAAAAGGGAAUUAUAUCCUCAUUUUUUUCACUUUUUUUGAAAGAAAUGUGCUUUUUUCUUUUUUGAAUUUUGCUUUAUUUGUAAUUAUCCAAAAUAGUGUAUUUAAAUACUUAUUUAAAUCUACUAAAUUGUCUCUUUUUUAAAACAUCACUUAUAAUUAAAGAGCAAUAUAAUCAAUACUAACCUUCGGUUCUUCUGAUAUUCCCUACUAAGACCAUGGGCAGCUCAUAAACAAUGUUAUUUUCAAGAUUUAUCUAAUGUAUAUAAACCAAAUUCCACUGAAGUGCUGUUUGCAGCACCGUAGUCCAGUUUAUUUCUCCUCGUAUUAGGCCUGGUAUAGCUAGUAUUGAACAACAGAAUAAUAUCUAAGUUUCUAUCAAGGCCUGGCAAGUGUUGGAAUGUAGAUCAGUCCAUUAAAAAUACUCAUUUUAGCUGAGAAUGUACUUCUGAUUCUAUGGGUAUAUAUUUUGUGAUUGAAUUGGUAGAUUAAACUCUUUUUUGGUUUUGAUUUUUAUUUACCAUUAACAAUUAGCUUGUUGCUAAAAACUGUCUCUAAUGUACAUUUGCAAAUUGUGUAGUUAUCCAAGAAGUAUUUGGACAGAUGUAAGAUUCACAUUAUUUGUGA